GUCUAUUUAACAGCCAAAAAGGAAAAAAAAACGAGGCUCCGUUCGACAGGAAGAAGGAGUCACAAGCAGACCAUCAAUCUAGAUGCAGUGUUCAUUAGAAGAAAGGACGAAAGACGAAUACAAACGAGGUGAAAAAUGAGUAACAGGAUGGAAGUUGUACAACUAAUUGAUAAAUUCAAGUCCAAUAAUAAUGAUGCGAAUUCUAAUAAAAAUGAUGACGCCAAAGACUUAUCACUCAUAUUGGAUCGUCGGGUAUACAAGAGUUCAUGCUCAUUUUCUAAUGAAGACAAUAUUCAAAUCUCUUCUAACACAGAAGUGGAUAAGAAAACUACGUACCAAGAAAUGGAAGAUACUCGAUACAAAAAUGAUAAUAAAAUUAUAGCCAACUCUCAGAAAUCCGACUGUUCGCAUAGUAAUAAUGAAUUCGAUUUUAGCGAAGCUAUUGAAGAGAAUAUGCUGCUUGUGCUUGGUGAAGGAAGUGGUGUUGAAAAUAAUAUGGGGAAUAUGAAAAAAGAAAAAAGUUGCAUCUCAUCUAACAAUACAAGUACAGUAAUGGAUAUUUCACAAUCUAUAUCAUCAGAACGUAUGCUUGAAACAAGGAAAUCAAUUAUAUCAAUGUGUAAUGUGACAAAGCAAAUAGAGAGUGUUAAUAUUCAUUCGCUGAAUAAUAUAGCGAUAGAUUACACUCAAAUUAAUAAUUGCGAAGAAAAAGGUAAUAAAAGCAACCCACUAAACUAUGACGAUAGCUGCGAAAAAAAAACAAAACAUUCCGAAAUAGAAGAAGAACGUGUGAAAAUACUUCAAUUCCAUGAAAAUGAAUCCAAAUCAACGAAUAAUAAAAACAGCUGUAUAGAUGAGUUAUCGUUAAUAACUAAUAAUAGUUAUAUAAUUUCGCCAAAUAAAAAAAUGCUCAAUGAAUUAGAAUCAAAUCAUUUGAUUUUUGGGGGCAACGAUAAAGAAAGCAGUUCUAUAGAUAAUCAAUCUACCAUUGUGAACCAAAAAAGGAUUAAAAACAAAACAGAAACCGUUGAAGACGUGAAACCUUCCAGUCUCAUAAUUUGUACAUCAAAUUUGCCUACCAUUCGACAAUCCCGAAGAAUAGCACAGCAAAAAAUACGAGAGGAAACGAAUCGAAGAUUAAUUGAAGAAAAAAUGCUACGUGAGUUGAAAGCAGAAGCAAUAAAGAACAGAAUGAAUUCUUUGUCAUCAUAUAACGAUGACUUUAUAACAUCGGACGACGAAGAGAGUAAGAACUCAGGAACAAGGAUAAAAAGAAAAAUAAAUCAUAAACCCUGGAUGGCCUCAUCUUCAGAAACCAGCAGCGAAUCAGAACUUGAAGAAGAACCUGAAUUUUCAGACGAUUGUAAGUCAUCGAUGAAGUCUGAUCACGAGUUUUCUCCCGAGUCUGACGUAGAAACUGAAUGUAUAACUCCAAUCAAAAGAGCGAGAACUGUUCGAGUAGAAAGAUAUUUUGAUGACAAUACUGAUGGUUAUGACCCUAAUGUAGAUCAUUCAUGUCAAAAAUGUGGGAAAAUAGAUAAUCCUGAAUGGAUACUUCUUUGUGAUUCGUGCGAUAAAGGCUUUCACUGUUUCUGCUUGAUUCCAAUUAUAUUCAUUAUACCAGAAGGAGAUUGGUACUGUCCUGUAUGCCAGCAUAGUCAACUAAUAGCACAGCUCGAGAAAAAAAUUUUGCAAUAUGAUGAAAUUUGCAAGCAACUGGAUGAUGAAAACUCGAAUAAAAGCCAGCAAUUAGCUAAAAAUCUCGAAAAUAUUUCUAAUAAUAAUACAGGAAAAAAAAACCCUUCACAAAUGAACAACAUUUGUUUAUCAACCGUGAAGAAUUUUGCACGAAAACACUCAAAGGAUUCGGGAACAGAUUUUGAAGAUUACCAUACAUAUAAAUUAAGACGAAGAGGACAAAAUAAUUUCAAUUAUAGGUUUAAUGACUACGACGACUUGAUAAAUUCUGCCAUUAAUCAUGACGAAUAUAAUAAUAAAGGUAUAGAUCAGGUUUCGUGCGGUAAGGACAUAGGAAAUAUCCUUAAAUCCGAAACGAAGAUUAAAAGCAUUGUAAAUCGUUCUCAAAGUAUGUCUUCAAACAGUGAUAUUGAACAAUAUAAAAAAACUAAAUCAUUUAAAAAACGUAAAAAGUUAAAUAAUUUAGAUUCAACCUCGGAAGAUGACGGCUCUGAUGAAGACUUUAAUGAUGAAGUAACUGAAGAUGAAGAAAGUUUUUCGUUGACGGAAGACAGUGAAAGCUCUUUGGAAUUAUUAACCUUAACUAAAUUACGCUCUGUUACAAAGAAAGAUCACGAUAAAGAAUUUAUCAAUGAUGAAGAUGAUGAUGUUGACGAUGAUGAUGACGAUGAUGACAAUGGAGUUAGUAACCAAAAUUGUAAUAGAAUUAGAACAAGGCUUCAAAAGGCCAGUCGUAUAUUAGAAGAAUCCGACGAGUUUGAAGAGGAAGAACCAACAGAAAGUGAUGAUGUUGUAGACAGUGAAGACCUAUGCAAUGAUACCGAAACUGAUAGCAGUGAAUAUGACUGGGAAAAUCGAAUAAAUAAAUUCAAACCAGUUACACAUCAAUUACGCAAGGCAUCCAUUAAUAGAAGAAAAAAGAGAAUUAAACAAAAUAAAGAUACACUCUAUAAAAGCGGAAUUAAGAAAAAGACAGCGAUAAAUGGUACUGAUUCUGAUCGAUCAGAAAAUAAUUCAAACAACGCGAGUAAAAGACGCACUAGAGGAAGAAAAUUACACUUUAUUCUUGACGAUGAUUUUGAAAGUUCGGACGAUGGAAUAACUCCUGGAGUGUUACGACCAGAUACUCCACCGGAAGAGCGAGAGCGUUUCAUACAAAAACAAGAAGAAAUAAAACGUAUGUUGGCAGAAAAAAAUACUGCAGCGGCAAAAGCGCUUGCGACUCCGACAAUCAAACCAUUUUUUGAAACAUGUGAAAGGAACAAAACAUUGUCGAUUGUACCACCACAAGUAAUAGAAAGCGCAAAAGUUCUUGACAUCGAUUAUUUAAAAACUCCUAAACAUCCGGACUUCGGAGGCUUUGAAGGUGGAUUGGCAGUAGACUUUGCUGAUACAGAAGAUGUAAACGAGGAUGACCUUGCUAAAAUGAUGGAAGAUGAAGAUUUUGCUCAGCAUCAGAUAAAAUCGAAAGAUGGCACUACUGUGUGUAAAAAUAAUGUUACUGAACCAUCAUUGAAAAGAAAAAUGAAAGACUUCAAUAACAUUGAUCCUAUUGAAAUCACUAGUAGACCCGAUAAAAAAAUACUAUUGCUCGAUAAAUUUUACGGAAAUGACUCGAGCAAUGAGCCGAUUGUGGAAAAACCUGUUAUAUCUGAACAUGCUCAUGGCACUGAUACUGUAACAUUAACCAAUUUAAUUCCUAAUUUUCCUAAAACAACAUUAAACAGUUCGAAGUCCUCCAGUUUACUACAACAAAUGAAACAACAAGCAAUUCCUUUACAAGAUUGUGAAGAACCAAUUGCAUCUAUAUUGGGAGCAAAUACAUAUGCAUCCAUGAUACAAUCUGUACAAGAAAAGCUAAUAGCAGAUAAAUCAACAGGAUCGUUAGUUAUGGAAAUAUCCGAAACUACGAAUAGCACUGAUGUAAUAAAAAGGAGGAGAAGAAAAAAGAUAACACCUUUGCGAGGAGACAUGCAUACAACAAAAGAAUGUCAACAAGAACCAAAAAGAUUACACUGUCACAUUUCUUCAAUUAAUCAAAUUUCGAAAAAUACUUCGCAUGCCUAUAUAAAAUCUGAAACUAUCACGAAUACCAACACACUACAUUUUUCCAAUUCGCAACCUUUCAUAAUGCAGCAUCAUUACGACGGUACUUCGAACAUUGAUACGACACUCUACACAUCACUCCUGCCGAGUCUGCAGACUGGUCGAUCUACGCAUAGUUCAUUUGAGAUUUUACAACCUGUCAACACUGAAGAGUUUGCAAUGGAACAAAUAAUUGGAACAACACAAACAUUCAACUCUAGUGAAACUGAUUCUGAAAGCAUUAGCGAGUUCAGUGGUCUUGUUAGUUAUUUCAGUUCUCAGCGAAAUGAAUUAAAUGAUUGAAAAUAGCAUGAUUAAAAAAUUUUUACAUCACAA